GCGAGGGUUUGCAUAGCAGCGUGGUCUCGAUGUCCCGCAGUCUGGUGCGAUGGGUGGCGAGGCGGAACGUCCUGCACAGGGCGUGGGCGAGGGAGAGGAUGCCCAACGUUCUGCGGAGGGAGAUGUUGCGAGAGAUGGGGAGGGUGCGGGUGUCGCGGAGGGGGAUGAGGCGGACUUUGACAUCGACGUCCACGUGGCUGAGGGGGAGCGAACGUCGAGGGGAGAGGGGGCUGUGCCCGAGUUCGAUCCGCUGACUUGUCAGAGGACGGUGGACUGGGAGCGGAGCUACGGGAGGAAGCCCGUCCCGCCUGAGACGACAUGCACGCCGGGAUCUUUGAGGAGUGCUGGUCCGGAGACGGUAUGCACGCCAGGCUCUUUGAAGAGGAAGGACGGGGUGACAACUUUCUGCCACCAAGGCCGGGAAGAGGCUGCGGCAGCAGAAGCCCGUCAGCUUGUUUUGGACGUGCCUGCAUCGGGGGACUUGGAGAGGGUGGGUGUUCAUAGCAGGGCACCAAUGAUGGAGGAGAGGGAGAGGAGAGCGAAGGAGCACGGAGCCGCCGGAGCGGGCGGAGUUGAGGGUAUUCAGGGUAUGGCGGAGGAGGCAGGUGGAGUAGUGGAGAUGAGGUUAUCGUCCACGCUGGAGGAGAGACCAGGGGGGGGAGAUAGAGCACAGGUUGGCGUAGAUGAGCAGGGGGGAGACUUGGAGGAGGUGGGUGUCCAUAGCGGGGCGCCACUGAUGGAGGAGAGGGUGCGACGAGCGAAGGAGCACGGAGCCGCCGGAGCGGGCGAAGUCGAGAGAGAGGCGACCGUGGCGAGGGUCCAUGAUGGUGAGCAGGUUGAGAGAGUGGAGGUCGUGGCAGGGGUACACGAUGGUGAUGCGCAGGUUGAGAUGGAGGAGGACGUGGUGAGGGCAGAUGCUGCCGCGUUGGUUGGGGCAGAGGGGGGUAUGGCAGGGGGGGACUUCACCAAUGGCAGAGGAGAGGGAGAGGACCACCUUGACCCGAUCGUCCAUCGUUUCAUCGAUGACGAGAUGGGUCCCGCACUAGCGGGUUUGACCUCGGGCUCGAGGAGGGCAUUGGGGGCGUUGCCAUUAGGAGAUAGGGAGGCGUUUGGGCUGGGGAUGGGGGAUUUCAUGCAUAUGUCUUUGGGGGGUCCUCCCAGCCUCGUGACGCGGAGAGAGAGGAUACGGUGUAUGCCUUGGCGGCCACAGGUUACUUUGCAGAGGAGAUCGAGCAUGCAUUUGCAAGACGGUCCAGGAGAGAGAGACACACGCUUGAGCAGCGGUGCGAGGAGGUACGAGCAGCCUCGGGAGGAGCGUGGGGAUGCACCCGCAACAGAUAUCACCGGAGCUCACCGUUCCUUGGUGCGGUUCACAGGCCUGCAGCUGAUGACGACGUCGCGGCCAGUUCGACCGUGUGUCCAAGGGUUUGGUCUUGGGGUGGCGGCAUCUAUUGAGGUACCACCGGUGAGAGUCGUGGAUUUAGGAUCUGAGCCAACGCUUCGGACAUCGCAGGAGGACACCGACCAUAGCAGACCACUCAUGCCGCCUCCUCCUCCGAGAUCACGUUACAGCGAUCCCCCCUCGACACCAGUACGUCCGCCCCCCCACUCACCAUCCACGCCCGCCAAACCCAGGGUUUGUGACACGACAGCCGUAGGGAGCCUCCCUCUUGACACGUCGCUAUUCCGGAGUAUGAAUAUCGACCUGGACUCCACGCGUCGGGUCACAGUGCACACUGCACGACGCCAGCCAGGUUUGGGUGGGGCUGAUACCGGGAGGGGUGCGCCGAGGGAGGUCAUGGCGGCAGUAUCUCAGCCACGACAUGUUCGUGGGGGUGGAGAGGCCGGGUCUACCUUUCAGGCCGCUUUGGCAGCAGCAGCGUGUGCUGUGCGUGACCAGACCGCGCGCAAGAGCGGAGUAGCUCAUCCGCGUCCCAUGCCUGUGGCGGGGGGUGCCGCAUUGGGGGAGUCUUCUGGAGCCGUGGGGUUGGGGAUGCCGCGCGGUUCACGUUGUGAGAAGACAGUCGCAGAGGUGACUCAGGUGAGUGCUAGGGUUGUUCGGGUGAGGACGGGGACUGACCCUAUGACCGUGGUGGAGGACGAUCCGGAGACGGAGCCGGAAUGUGAGGAGGCCCCACAGGAGGAUGACGAGUACAGGGACGAUGAGGAGAGUGAGGAGGAGGAGAGCGACAAUAGCGAGGACGACUGCUACGACGAUGACGACGAGCCCUCCCCUCCACGGCAACGUGGUUCACGUAGACAACGUCGCUCAUGUCUUUCAUACGUUGUUGCCAUGGGUGCCGAUGGGAGUGCAUUAAGAUCAGAAGCUGGAACAUCAUGAGAAUAAUUUAUUUCUUCCUCGCGACUAUUUGACUCACUAUCUUCGCGAUUGUUCAUUGAAUUUCGAUUUCUCACGGAUGGAUUCUGCGAUUGUCUCCCUCGAGGUGACGAACUCCGGGAGUUUCUCGGCCGAGAAGAUUGACUACGUGAUUGUCUCACAGCAGAAGAUGCAUCCUCGAUUGCCAGAGGAGCUCGCUCGAAUCUCUCAAAGGAUAUUGACAGCGAACAAACUUCGCUUCACACC